AUUUCUCAAAUCUUAUUUUCUCAUUUCAAUCUACUAAACGCGGGAAAGUUUUACUUAGUGAUUUUUCAAGUUUCCUGUGUUUUUUAUUAAACUAAAAUUGUAAUUAUGUUGUGAAUUUUAAGUAAACCAUGUUGUUUUAUUAGAAUUCAAUGAUUCAUUCAGUAUGCCCAAAGCCCUGAGUUUAAAAAAGACUUUGGGUAGUCAAGUGAAGAAUCAAAAAGCGAUUACUCAAUUUUUCAAAUCAUGUAGUCAAGAAAAGAUAUCACCCGUUAAGCAACAAGACUCUGAAACAAUAGCAACAACUAAGACAUCUAAAAGGAAAGCUGAUUCUCCUGCACAAAUAGUUCAUGACAAUAUCAGAAAAGACCUUACAAAAUGUGAUAAUUCAGUGAAAAAAAUUAAAAUAGACAGUAAUCAUAGGCAUGAAAUGCAUAUUGGAAACACUAACACCUCACAAACACCUAGUUCUUCAGCUAUAAAAAGUUCACCUAGAAAGGACGUUACAAAGAAGUUAUUUGUUGAUAAUGAAGAAGAAUUAAUACAUUUUAACAGCCAACAGAAACAUCCAUCAUCCAUUACAAACAAAACACAAGAUAAUCAUUCAAGUGUAUCAAAAGUGCAAUCUAGUCCUAGAAAGAGUAAUAAAUCACAUGAAAAAGAAAAUUGCUAUAAUCACAACUGCAAAGAAAUUGACAAUAAUUGUGUAAAAAAUUCAAGUAAUGAGGUACAUUAUAGAUCACCCAAGAAAACUCUAACAGCAGCAAUAAGUGUUUCACCAAAAUCUUGCACAUUAACAAGUCAAAAAUGUGAUGAUCAGUCACCAUCAAAGAGCGGGUCCACAGCAAAAGUGCUUGAAUGUAUAGAAAAUCAUAUGUUUGAUGACUGGGAACUUGAUAUUGAAGGGGACAUUAAAGAAGACUUGGAUCUAAGUGUGAUACAGAGAUGUGAGGUGUUGUCUGUGAAGAGACAUAAUUGUAAACUUGAGCUGAAACUUAAAAAUGAUAAUAACAAUAAAGGCACUUGUUUUAUUGAGGGAAUCUGGUUAAACACACCAUUGGAAGCGGGUGAAAUAGUGAGCGUGCUUGCAACUCGCGAUACCUUGGGCUGUUACACCAUUAACAAUACAUCAGGCUUGUUGGUGCUGAGGCCCGACCACUUGGUGUCUAGCACGAGCGUCGUGGCGGGUGUUUUCUGUAAGCGGAAGGCUGUGCUGCAGGAGCGAUGGCGGGGGAUUGAUUCUGCUAAUUCUGCGAUGACCAUAGGUAUACUUGUUCAUGAGCUAGUGCAAAAAUCUCUCACACAAAAUAUAACAAACACAUCUGAACUAGGCGCUGAAGCUGAUAAACUGAUAAAAGAGUCUAUACAAAUGUUGUACGACGCAGGAAUAUCCGAGACGGAAGCGCGAUCAAACAUACAGAUGUACAUACAACCUCUUGCUGAUUUUAUGCAGACUUAUUUAGCGUCAAGUGCAAAAUCAUCACAAACUGUCAAACGUAGUUGGAAUGGAAAGAUUGAAAAAGUAUUAGAUAUUGAAGAAAAUGUUUGCUGCCCCCAACUGGGCUUGAAAGGAAAGAUUGACGCUACUUUACAGGUCUCAAUACAUGACCGUGGAGAUGCUAAGACAGCAAUUGUGCCAUUAGAGUUGAAGAGUGGUCGCGCCUCAGUGUCGGCGGAACACCGCGGUCAACUCGUGCUCUAUGGCAUGAUGCUCAGCUUGCAGAGGCAGCAGGACCCCGCCACUGCACUGCAACGAGGCUUGCUGCUGUACUUGAAGGAGCGAAUAGAUCUUCGCGAAGUGAGUUGCGGGUAUCCUGAAAGACGAGAUUUGAUGAUGUUGCGUAACGAACUGGUACAACAUUUGGCGGCAGGACCACGGACUAUUGAUGUUGAUCAAAUAGUAGACAUUGAGGACGCUUCACGGCUGUUGCAACAAAGCAUGCCUGAGCCAAUUCAUCACCAAAAUGCUUGCUCAAAAUGCCCAUACCUUACGCUAUGCUCAUUACAUUUGUGGCACACAGACGGCCCCAUGGUAUCAGAAACGCAUCCGCUAUCAAAGUUGCGUGAUGAAGCGUUAGGCCACUUGUCCCCACAACACGUCAAGUAUUUCCUGCACUGGACUAGCCUAUUGAAACUCGAGGAAAAGGGACAGAUGAUCACCUCUCCUUUGCACGCCUUGUGGACGGAAAGCGCUGAAAAACGUGCCAAACGCGGCGGAUGCGCAGUUAAUUUGAAAUUAAAAUCAGUCAUAAGCUCUGGCGAUAGAUUUGCACAUAUUUUUGUGCGAGAGUCUUUAAGUCCAGAGCAUUCACAUAUUGGGGAUAAGCCUUCAAAAGGGCCUCAAGAAGGAGAAUUUUCUAUAGUAAGCAUAGAAAAUCGCCCAUGGAUAGCUGCCGGCGUAGUUACUGUAUCAAAUAGCAAUGAGUUCCAUAUACUUUUGGAAAGGGAUUUGAGUCGUCGGCUAAACGAACAUACAGUGUUUCACAUAGACACAUACGAGUCCUUCGCAACCACUGUCCAAAACUUGACUAAUUUAGGAGUACUUAUGGAAGACAGCGACCGCGCCUUGAGGCUUAGAACUUUAAUAAUAGACCAAGCACCGCCAGAAUUUGUACCCAAGUUACCUCGUGAAGUUGGUCGCUUGGGGUCAAAGCUUAUGCGCUCACUGAAUAUUGAGCAACAGCGCGCUGUACUCAAGGCUUUAGCAUGCGAACAUUACGUCUUGUUGAAGGGGCUUCCCGGAACUGGUAAAACGCAAACUAUUAGCGUGCUCAUACAAAUGCUAGUGGGGCUCAAGCAGCGCGUACUGGUCACUGCGCACACGCACUCUGCCGUCGACACUGUGCUCAAUAGGCUACCAAAAUCCGUCCAAGUAAUGCGACUGGGCACAGCUAGUCGGGUCGCCCCGGCGUUACUCUCGCGGUGUGAACACACCCUCAUACAAAAGUGUCACUCUACUGAGCAACUCGCACAACUCUACGAUUCUAUGGAGGUGGUUGGCGUAACUUGCCUGGGCGCCGCACAUCCGAUGUUGGCUCGCACCACGUUUGAUGUGUGCAUCGUUGAUGAAGCCACACAGGUGUUGCAAAGCACGGUCUUACGUCCCUUGUUCGCAGCGAAGCGUUUUGUGUUGGUCGGAGACCCGGAACAAUUGCCGCCUGUAGUGAGGAGUAGAAGUGCAAGACGUCUCGGCAUGGAGGAGAGCUUAUUUCAUAGACUGAUAAAGGAUGAUGUGACAUGCACGCUAAGACUGCAAUAUCGUAUGAACCAGGCCUUAGUGGAAGUUGCUAACAAAGUAGCUUACAACAACAGUCUGAAAUGCGCUGACCAGAAGGUUGCACAGGCUCAAUUGAAAAUAGAUAUGCAGAAAAUAUCUCUAUAUUCAGAUGAGUCGCCAUGGCUCAUGACAGCUUGUAGUCCAGAGUUCAAGGAUGCCGCUGUUUUUUUAAACACGAUUAUUCCUCCUGCAGCAAAAAAUAACACCGAAAAAGUGUUUACUAACAGUGAUGAGGCAUGUGUCCUUUUGGAUUUGGUUGAAACAUUUAAACAGGGUGGUGUACUCCCUUCGGACAUAGGCGUCAUAGCCCCUUACCGAGAUCAAGUAUCUUUACUACGACGCGCUUUGUCUGAAAAAGAUGUGGAAGUGAGCACCGUGGACCAGUUCCAGGGCAGAGACAAGAGCGUCAUCAUUUACUCUUGCACCAAGCGCGUUGAAAACGAUGAACGACGACCCAAGGAUGGGGAAGUCCUCAACGACCAACGGCGCCUGGCCGUGAGUGUUACGCGCGCCAAACACAAGCUCAUCGUGAUAGGAAACUUACGCGCUUUGCAGCGAUAUGCUCCUCUCAUGAAACUCAUUGAAUCCUGUCGGACGGUGACCUUGGAAGAAGAUACUGUGGCAAGGUUGAACAUAAAAUAUGGGGCAUUUGUUACGUGAUCGUUAAUCUUAUGUUAUUUAAAAUAACAGUGGCGUCAAUUCUGUUGUCUUUCUUCCAAACUAAAUUUAGAGUAUCUGCAUCUUUUUCUUUUUAAUAUUGCUAACAAAGGAUGGAACAUGAAUUUUACAAUUAAAGACUCAAAUUUCAGUGCACACUAUAAAUAUGAACAAUAGGCUCGCGACUGGCAACUAAAGUGACGAAGUUUGACGGCUCUACAUGAAAUUUAAAACUAUCAAACUGUGUCUGUCCUAUUCAGAUUGCAUUAGUAAGAAGAGGAUGCGAAUACUCUAAAAUUUAGUUGUGCUCAGAAUCAGUACCAUCGUCGACACGAUUAAAAGUAUAGUAGGUUAUAGGUACCUACGCGACAGGUUGAGAUGGCAAUCGGGGUUUGAGGCGGGGACAGCCCCCACGCUAACCCGCUGCGGGUGAGCAAGAGGAUGUGCGGGUAUGCGGGGCGUCCCCAUCCCAGUUGCCUCCUCAAUCUGUCGCGCACUAUAGGUAUUUUUUUUGUCAAGUGUCUUGUCAACUCAAGUCAUACAAAAAUUAUGAUAGAUUUUAAGACCCUUUUGCAUAGGUUAAUCGUAAAAUCGAUGCAUUAAAUUCUGAAAUAAAAUUUAAAAAAAAAAUUGUGACCAUCAUGUGACAGCCAUCUAAUAAACUACUCAUAAUUUAAUAUGUGUAGUAGUAAAAGAACAUAAUGCAGGAAACGCAUUAAAAUUGGCCAAGUAACACGCAAGGUUUUCCAGGAACACGCAACGUAUAAUGCCAAACGCACACCUACUAUAAUAUAUGUAUGACACAUCGUCAACGAUCCGUGGGUAAUGUUUUAAUAAUUAAUAGCUUUAAUAUUUCUAAUUAUGAAUGCA